GCCCAUCGCCCUGUAGGCAGCGUGAGGUGGAAAGACUCCUCCACAUACUGAGUGUUACGUAUGGCACAUGUCUGCAAUGGGCCGAUUACACUGUUUUUCAUUCACAGGGUCUCCCGGAGAGGUCGCGCGCUUAUGGGAUACCGCCAGCCUGAGGCCCGUCAGGCCAGAACACAAUCGGGCACGGAUACCAUACAUGAAGCAUGCAGCGGGCCGGCGGUACGCACACAUAUCCACGUCCGCAUAGCCGUCAUGGGUGGUUCCAGGCCACCUCGGUCAGUCGCCUCCGACGUACUGACUGCUCUUCCGAAAAUGUAUAAAUACUGGCGCGAACUCCGUGUGGGAGGCAUCGAACUUCAACGAUGUUCUCCAAGUCCGCACUCGUCGCUACUGUCGCCCUGGCGGCGAUUCUCAGCUCUGCAACUCCCGUUGACCGGGAGCAGGGCACCCUCAUUCCCUUCGCUAAGCGAAGCGGGCUCACUACAGAAGAUGGUGUCUUCGAUCACGAAAAAGCCAUCCAGAGCACGAUUUACACUCACAACAAACACCGUCAUAACAUGAUCAAUCUUCAGAAAAACGAUCCCGACAAUAUGAGCGAGGGCGCAUCCAUCAGACCGCUACGCACAUACGACAGUGCAGCCACUCACAAAAGGCGACAAGCGGAGUCUACCAUUGACGAAAAGAACGACCUCGAGUGGGCUGGUCUCAUCUCCGUCGGCACUCCUGGAACGAACUUUUUAAUUGACUUCGACACUGGUUCUGCGGAUCUCUGGAUCCCAUGUUCGAACUGCACGGAUGCUGCGUGUGAUACCAAGCACAAGUACCUCGCCGCCGCGUCAUCGACAUCUCAAGCGAAGACAGGCACUUUCUCUAUACAGUAUGGCGAUCAGUCCUCUGUGUCGGGUCCUAUCUUCACCGAUACCGUCACUGUUGCGGGAAUCACGUCGAACAACCAGUACUUCUCCGCUGUCUCCACACUGUCGGACAAGUUCGAGUCAGACCCUAUCGACGGUAUCCUGGGUAUGGGUUAUCAAACACUUGCCAGCUUGGGCCAGCCUCCCUUCGUCAAUCAGGCGAAAACGCAGGGGAGCAUCAAAAACGCCGUCUUCGGCAUGAAGCUCUCGAAGGUUGGCUCCGAGCUGUACCUGGGAGGAACGGACACGUCGCAAUACAGUGGGCAAAUUGAGUACCAUCCAGUAACCGGCUCUGGGUUCUGGCAGAUCCCCAACGCGACGGCCUUGGUGGACGGUAAGACUGCCAACUCCGGGUUUCAAACUAUCAUUGAUAGUGGUACGACCAUCAUGUACGGCCCCACGGAUGCCGUCGCCUCCUUCUAUAAGUCCGUGCCUGGAGCGUCCAUCUUCGACGAACAGAACGGCUACUACCAGUUCCCAUGCGACUCAGUACCCACCGUCGCUUUCAGCUGGGGAGGGAACGCUUGGACGAUCAGCCCUGAUAACUUCAACCUUGGCCACGCAGACCCCACGUCGAGCUCCUGUAUCGGCGCCCUCGCGGGUCAAGAUUUGGGCCUUGGGUCCGACGUGUGGCUGCUCGGGGACAGCUUCAUGAAGAACGUCUACUCAGCAUUCUCUUUUGAUCAAAACUCGGUCGGGUUUGCGAAGUUGUCGUGAAGUGUGCUUUCUAUCGUCACUUUGUG